AUGAAGACGAGAUCACCAUUGCCCCCAUGGAUUACAUGGUUAACAGGAUUUUUCUUCCUUGUUACUCAUGCUGUUUCACAAGCUGUUGUGCAAAGGAACACUAUUACUACAGGAAAUAACCCUGUUGGAUAUGACAAAGGUUAUAUUGUUUUAGAUGGAGCAUAUCUUGCUUUUCAAGAUAUGAAUACUGUGCCACUGUAUCAAAACAUUAGAGUCAAUAAAGGUGGUGCUCUUUACUAUAUCAAUAAUAACUUGGAAGGUUUCAAUAUUAACUCUGCUCAUGCUUUUUUUGUCGACUUUGUUUUCCAAAAUGAUGGUACAGUUGUCGUUGAUGACAGAAAGAGUGCAUCUGCUGGUCAUUUCAAGAUUUAUGAUGGUAGUUUUACUAAUACAGGUAGCAUAAUGUUUGCAUCUAGCCAAGGUGACACCUUUGAUAUAUCUGGUACAUCGGUUACAAAUACCGGUCUUAUCUAUUCUUUGGGUACCGAUUCUCUAAAACCUCAACAGUUAAAAAUCGGUAACAAUGUCAAGACCUGGUACAAUACCGGUACCAUUUGUUUGACGAACACUAGCUUCGACUUGGUCAACCCAAUUCAAGGUGUUGGCUGUGUUUCUAUUGGUGCUCAUUCCUUAUUCAACAUUCACGACAUAAACGUUCAACAACAAACUGUUUAUCUUACCGAAAGAUCUUCCGUUUUGGCUGUCAGCAACGGUCAAAACAUGCCAAUCGCUGGUCUUGGUAAUGGUAAUGGUUUACUAUAUCCUGAUUACCCAAUUCAGUCAUUCUCAUACAAUAGUAUUACCGGUAUUUUAACAUUCACAAUUGGUUAUGUUGGUUUACAAAGUUUUACUGUUGUUGUGGGUACAGGUUACAACGAAACAUUAUUUGAGAAAGUAGGUGAGACUUAUAUUCAGGGUAAGCGUUACAGAAACAACUUUAUUAGAUACAAUGGUGCCCCACCACAGGGCCCUCCAUCCAUUUGUCAACCUUGUGUCGAGAUCCCACUAUACACAUUCAAAGUUCCUGAUGCAUACGAGACAACCAACGAAUACGGUUUCACUCAAACAAUCUCCUUCUACUCUACAUACGAUAAGAGCAAAGUGCCCAUUAUUGGUACAACUACAAUCUACACUCCACCACCUCUCUACACAAUUACGAGAAAGGACGAUACAACAACAGAAACUGAUAUCAUUAGCAGGGUUGUUGCUGUUGAUGUUAAUGGUAAUCCAAUCACAUACUACUCAACAAUCAAAUACGUUGCACCAGAACAACCUGGUGAAGGUGGAUCUGGAUCUGGAUCUGAAGGUGGAUCUGGUUCCAACCCAGGUGGCUCUGGCUCUGGUGGUUCCGGUUCUGAAGGUGGCUCUGGUUCCAACCCAGGUGGCUCUGGUUCCGGUUCUGAAGGUGGAUCUGGUUCCAACCCAGGUGGCUCUGGUUCCGGUUCUGAAGGUGGAUCUGGUUCCAACCCAGGUGGCUCUGGUUCCGGCUCUGAAGGUGGAUCUGGUUCCAACCCAGGUGGCUCUGGCUCUGGUGGUUCCGGUUCUGGUGGAUCUGGCUCUGGUUCUGAAGGUGGAUCUGGUUCCAACCCAGGUGGCUCUGGUUCCGGUGGUUCCGGUUCUGGUGGAUCUGGUUCCGGUUCUGAAGGUGGAUCUGGUUCCAACCCAGGUGGCUCUGGUGAAGGUGGCUCUGGUGGCUCUAACCCAGUCGAUGAUGGUAAGGAUAAGACUACUGUUGUCACUGACAAGGAUGGCCAUGUGCACACCGACAUCAUUUCCCACAUCACUACUACCGACAAAGAUGGUAAGCCAACUGUCAUUUUGACCCAAUACCAGUCACCAACCCCAUCUCCUGGUGGAUCUGGUUCCGGAUCUGAAGGUGGAUCUGGUUCCAACCCAGGUGGCUCUGGCUCUGAAGGUGGAUCUGGUUCCAACCCAGGUGGCUCUGGCUCUGGUGGAUCUGGUUCUGGUUCUGAAGGUGGAUCUGGUUCCAACCCAGGUGGCUCUGGUUCCGGUUCUGAAGGUGGAUCUGGUUCCAACCCAGGUGGCUCUGGUUCCGGUUCUGAAGGUGGAUCUGGUUCCAACCCAGGUGGCUCUGGUUCCGGUUCUGAAGGUGGAUCUGGUUCCAACCCAGGUGGCUCUGGUUCCGGUUCUGAAGGUGGAUCUGGUUCCAACCCAGGUGGCUCUGGUUCCGGCUCUGAAGGUGGAUCUGGUUCCAACCCAGGUGGCUCUGGCUCUGGUGGAUCUGGUUCUGGUUCUGAAGGUGGCUCUGGUUCCAACCCAGGUGGCUCUGGUUCCGGUUCUGAAGGUGGCUCUGGUUCCAACCCAGGUGGCUCUGGUUCCGGUUCUGAAGGUGGAUCUGGUUCCAACCCAGGUGGCUCUGGUUCCGGUUCUGAAGGUGGAUCUGGUUCCAACCCAGGUGGCUCUGGUUCCGGUGGUUCCGGUUCUGGUGGAUCUGGUUCCGGUUCUGAAGGUGGAUCUGGUUCCAACCCAGGUGGCUCUGGUGAAGGUGGCUCUGGUGGCUCUAACCCAGUCGAUGAUGGUAAGGAUAAGACUACUGUUGUCACUGACAAGGAUGGCCAUGUGCACACCGACAUCAUUUCCCACAUCACUACUACCGACAAAGAUGGUAAGCCAACUGUCAUUUUGACCCAAUACCAGUCACCAACCCCAUCUCCUGGUGGAUCUGGUUCCGGAUCUGAAGGUGGAUCUGGUUCCAACCCAGGUGGCUCUGGCUCUGAAGGUGGAUCCGGUUCCAACCCAGGUGGCUCUGGCUCUGGUGGAUCUGGUUCUGGUUCUGAAGGUGGAUCUGGUUCCAACCCAGGUGGCUCUGGUUCCGGUUCUGAAGGUGGCUCUGGUUCCAACCCAGGUGGCUCUGGCUCUGGUGGUUCCGGUUCUGAAGGUGGAUCUGGUUCCAACCCAGGUGGCUCUGGUUCCGGCUCUGAAGGUGGAUCUGGUUCCAACCCAGGUGGCUCUGGUUCCGGUUCUGAAGGUGGCUCUGGUUCCAACCCAGGUGGCUCUGGCUCUGGUGGUUCCGGUUCUGAAGGUGGCUCUGGUUCCAACCCAGGUGGCUCUGGCUCUGGUGGUUCCGGUUCUGAAGGUGGAUCUGGUUCCAACCCAGGUGGCUCUGGUUCCGGCUCUGAAGGUGGAUCUGGUUCCAACCCAGGUGGCUCUGGCUCUGGUGGCUCUGGCUCUGGUGGAUCUGGUUCCGGUUCUGAAGGUGGAUCUGGUUCCAACCCAGGUGGUUCCGGUUCUGGUGGAUCUGGCUCUGGUUCUGAAGGUGGAUCUGGUUCCAACCCAGGUGGCUCUGGUUCCGGUUCUGAAGGUGGAUCUGGUUCCAACCCAGGUGGCUCUGGCUCUGGUGGUUCCGGUUCUGAAGGUGGAUCUGGUUCCAACCCAGGUGGCUCUGGCUCUGGUGGUUCCGGUUCUGAAGGUGGAUCUGGUUCCAACCCAGGUGGAUCUGGUUCUGGUUCUGAAGGUGGCUCUGGUUCCAACCCAGGUGGCUCUGGCUCUGGUGGAUCUGGUUCUGGUUCUGAAGGUGGAUCUGGUUCCAACCCAGGUGGCUCUGGCUCUGGUGGAUCUGGUUCUGGUGGAUCUGGCUCUGGUUCUGAAGGUGGAUCUGGUUCCAACCCAGGUGGCUCUGGUGAAGGUGGCUCUGGUGGCUCUAACCCAGUCGAUGAUGGUAAGGAUAAGACUACUGUUGUCACUGACAAGGAUGGCCAUGUGCACACCGACAUCAUUUCCCACAUCACUACUACCGACAAAGAUGGUAAGCCAACUGUCAUUUUGACCCAAUACCAGUCACCAACCCCAUCUCCUGGUGGAUCUGGUUCCGGAUCUGAAGGUGGAUCUGGUUCCAACCCAGGUGGCUCUGGCUCUGAAGGUGGAUCCGGUUCCAACCCAGGUGGCUCUGGCUCUGGUGGAUCUGGUUCUGGUUCUGAAGGUGGAUCUGGUUCCAACCCAGGUGGCUCUGGUUCCGGUUCUGAAGGUGGCUCUGGUUCCAACCCAGGUGGCUCUGGCUCUGGUGGUUCCGGUUCUGAAGGUGGAUCUGGUUCCAACCCAGGUGGCUCUGGUUCCGGCUCUGAAGGUGGAUCUGGUUCCAACCCAGGUGGCUCUGGUUCUGAAGGUGGAUCUGGUUCCAACCCAGGUGGCUCUGGUUCCGGCUCUGAAGGUGGCUCUGGUUCCAACCCAGGUGGCUCUGGCUCUGGUGGAUCUGGUUCCGGUUCUGAAGGUGGCUCUGGUUCCAACCCAGGUGGCUCUGGUGAAGGUGGCUCUGGUGGCUCUAACCCAGUCGAUGAUGGUAAGGAUAAGACUACUGUUGUCACUGACAAGGAUGGCCAUGUGCACACCGACAUCAUUUCCCACAUCACUACUACCGACAAAGAUGGUAAGCCAACUGUCAUUUUGACCCAAUACCAGUCACCAACCCCAUCUCCUGGUGGAUCUGGUUCCGGAUCUGAAGGUGGAUCUGGUUCCAACCCAGGUGGCUCUGGCUCUGGUGGUUCCGGUUCCGGUGGAUCUGGCUCUGGUUCUGAAGGUGGAUCUGGUUCCAACCCAGGUGGCUCUGGCUCUGGUGGAUCUGGUUCUGGUUCUGAAGGUGGCUCUGGUUCCAACCCAGGUGGCUCUGGCUCUGGUGGAUCUGGUUCCGGCUCUGAAGGUGGAUCUGGUUCCAACCCAGGUGGCUCUGGUUCCGGUUCUGAAGGUGGCUCUGGUUCCAACCCAGGUGGCUCUGGCUCUGGUGGUUCCGGUUCUGAAGGUGGCUCUGGUUCCAACCCAGGUGGCUCUGGCUCUGGUGGUUCCGGUUCUGGUGGAUCUGGCUCUGGUUCUGAAGGUGGCUCUGGUUCCAACCCAGGUGGCUCUGGCUCUGGCUCUGGUGGUUCCGGUUCUGGUGGAUCUGGCUCUGGUUCUGAAGGUGGAUCUGGUUCCAACCCAGGUGGCUCUGGCUCUGGUGGAUCUGGUUCUGGUUCUGAAGGUGGCUCUGGUUCCAACCCAGGUGGCUCUGGCUCUGGUGGAUCUGGUUCCGGCUCUGAAGGUGGAUCUGGUUCCAACCCAGGUGGCUCUGGUUCCGGUUCUGAAGGUGGCUCUGGUUCCAACCCAGGUGGCUCUGGCUCUGGUGGUUCCGGUUCUGAAGGUGGCUCUGGUUCCAACCCAGGUGGCUCUGGCUCUGGUGGUUCCGGUUCUGAAGGUGGCUCUGGUUCCAACCCAGGUGGAUCUGGUUCCAACCCAGGUGGCUCUGGCUCUGGUGGUUCCGGUUCUGGUGGAUCUGGCUCUGGUUCUGAAGGUGGAUCUGGUUCCAACCCAGGUGGCUCUGGCUCUGGUGGUUCCGGUUCUGGUGGAUCUGGCUCUGGUUCUGAAGGUGGAUCUGGUUCCAACCCAGGUGGCUCUGGCUCUGGUGGAUCUGGUUCUGGUUCUGAAGGUGGCUCUGGUUCCAACCCAGGUGGCUCUGGCUCUGGUGGUUCCGGUUCUGGUGGAUCUGGCUCUGGUUCUGAAGGUGGCUCUGGUUCCAACCCAGGUGGCUCUGGCUCUGGUGGUUCCGGUUCUGGUGGAUCUGGCUCUGGUUCUGAAGGUGGAUCUGGUUCCAACCCAGGUGGCUCUGGCUCUGGUGGUUCCGGUUCUGGUGGAUCUGGCUCUGGUUCUGAAGGUGGAUCUGGUUCCAACCCAGGUGGCUCUGGCUCUGGUGGAUCUGGUUCUGGUUCUGAAGGUGGCUCUGGUUCCAACCCAGGUGGCUCUGGCUCUGGUGGUUCCGGUUCUGGUGGAUCUGGCUCUGGUUCUGAAGGUGGAUCUGGUUCCAACCCAGGUGGCUCUGGCUCUGGUGGUUCCGGUUCUGGUGGAUCUGGCUCUGGUUCUGAAGGUGGCUCUGGUUCCAACCCAGGUGGCUCUGGCUCUGGUGGUUCCGGUUCUGGUGGAUCUGGCUCUGGUUCUGAAGGUGGAUCUGGUUCCAACCCAGGUGGCUCUGGCUCUGGUGGUUCCGGUUCUGGUGGAUCUGGCUCUGGUUCUGAAGGUGGCUCUGGUUCCAACCCAGGUGGCUCUGGCUCUGGCUCUGGUGGUUCCGGUUCUGGUGGAUCUGGUUCCGGUUCUGAAGGUGGCUCUGGUUCCAACCCAGGUGGCUCUGGCUCUGGUGGUUCCGGUUCUGGUGGAUCUGGCUCUGGUUCUGAAGGUGGCUCUGGUUCCAACCCAGGUGGCUCUGGCUCUGGUGGAUCUGGUUCUGGUGGAUCUGGCUCUGGUUCUGAAGGUGGAUCUGGUUCCAACCCAGGUGGCUCUGGCUCUGGUGGUUCCGGUUCUGGUGGAUCUGGCUCUGGUUCUGAAGGUGGCUCUGGUUCCAACCCAGGUGGCUCUGGCUCUGGUGGUUCCGGUUCUGGUGGAUCUGGCUCUGGUUCUGAAGGUGGCUCUGGUUCCAACCCAGGUGGCUCUGGCUCUGGCUCUGGUGGUUCCGGUUCUGGUGGAUCUGGCUCUGGUUCUGAAGGUGGCUCUGGUUCCAACCCAGGUGGCUCUGGCUCUGGCUCUGGUGGUUCCGGUUCUGGUGGAUCUGGUUCCGGUUCUGAAGGUGGCUCUGGUUCCAACCCAGGUGGCUCUGGCUCUGGUGGUUCCGGUUCUGGUGGAUCUGGCUCUGGUUCUGAAGGUGGAUCUGGUUCCAACCCAGGUGGCUCUGGCUCUGGUGGUUCCGGCUCUGGUGGCUCUGGUGGCUCUGGUUCCGGCUCUGGUUCCAACCCAGGUAGUGGCUCUGGCUCUGGCUCUGGUUCUGGCUCUGGCUCUGGUUCCAACCCAGGUAGUGGCUCUGGCUCUGGUUCAGGCUCUGGCUCUGGUUCCAACCCAGGUAGUGGCUCUGGCUCUGGUUCAGGCUCUGGCUCUGGUUCCAACCCAGGUAGUGGCUCUGGCUCUGGUUCAGGCUCUGGCUCUGGUUCCAACCCAGGUAGUGGCUCUGGCUCUGGUUCAGGCUCUGGCUCUGGUUCCAACCCAGGUAGUGGUUCUGGCUCUGGUUCAGGUUCUGGUUCUGGUUCCAACCCAGGUAGUGGCUCUGGCUCUGGUUCAGGCUCUGGCUCUGGUUCCAACCCAGGUAGUGGCUCUGGCUCUGGUUCAGGCUCUGGCUCUGGUUCCAACCCAGGUAGUGGCUCUGGCUCUGGUUCAGGCUCUGGCUCUGGUUCCAACCCAGGUAGUGGCUCUGGCUCUGGUUCAGGCUCUGGCUCUGGUUCCAACCCAGGUAGUGGCUCUGGCUCUGGUUCAGGCUCUGGCUCUGGUUUCAACCCAGGUAGUGGCUCUGGCUCUGGUUCAGGCUCUGGCUCUGGUUCCAACCCAGGUAGUGGCUCUGGCUCUGGUUCAGGCUCUGGCUCUGGUUCCAACCCAGGUAGUGGCUCUGGCUCUGGUUCAGGCUCUGGCUCUGGUUCCAACCCAGGUAGUGGCUCUGGCUCUGGUUCAGGCUCUGGCUCUGGUUCCAACCCAGGUAGUGGCUCUGGCUCUGGUUCAGGCUCUGGCUCUGGUUCCAACCCAGGUAGUGGCUCUGGCUCUGGUUCAGGCUCUGGCUCUGGUUCCAACCCAGGUAGUGGCUCUGGCUCUGGUUCAGGCUCUGGCUCUGGUUCCAACCCAGGUAGUGGCUCUGGCUCUGGUUCAGGCUCUGGCUCUGGUUCCAACCCAGGUAGUGGCUCUGGCUCUGGUUCAGGCUCUGGCUCUGGUUCAGGCUCUGGCUCUGGUUCCAACCCAGGUAGUGGUUCUGGCUCUGGUUCAGGCCCUGGCUCUGGUUCCAACCCAGGUAGUGGUUCUGGCUCUGGUUCAGGUUCUGGUUCUGGUUCCAACCCAGGUAGUGGCUCUGGCUCUGGGUCAGGCUCUGGCUCUGGUUCAGGCUCUGGCUCUGGUUCGAAACCAGGUAGUGGCUCUGGCUCUGGCUCUGGUUCAGGCUCUGGCUCCAACCCAGGUAGCUCCUCUGGUUCAAUUUCUGGAUCAAGCUCUAACCCAGGCACUGGUUCUAACGUAGGUGGCUCAAAUUCAGCUGGAUCUUCUGGUUCAUCCAACAGUGGAGCAGGCUCUGCCAACAAUGCUCAAGGUGCUGCCGGUGCUGCAGGCUCUGCCAACAAUGCUCAAGGUGCUGCCGGUGCUGCAGGCUCUGCCAACAACGCUCAAGGUGCUGCCGGUGCUGCAGGCUCUGCCAACAAUGCUCAAGGUGCUGCCGGUGCUGCAGGCUCUGCCAACAACGCUCAAGGUGCUGCCGGUGCUGCAGGCUCUGCUAACAACGCUCAAGGUGCUGCCGGUGCUGCAGGCUCUGCCAACAAUGCUCAAGGUGCUGCCGGUGCUGCAGGCUCUGCCAACAACGCUCAAGGUGCUGCCGGUGCCGUUGGCUCUGCCAACAACGCUCAAGGUGCUGCCGGUGCUGCAGGCUCUGCCAACAACGCUCAAGGUGCUGCCGGUGCCGUUGGCUCUGCUAACAACGCUCAAGGUGCUGCCGGUGCCGUUGGCUCUGCUAACAACGCUCAAGGUGCUGCCGGUGCUGCAGGCUCUGCCAACAAUGCUCAAGGUGCUGCCGGUGCUGCAGGCUCUGCCAACAAUGCUCAAGGUGCUGCCGGUGCUGCAGGCUCUGCCAACAACGCUCAAGGUGCUGCCGGUGCCGUUGGCUCUGCCAACAACGCUCAAGGUGCUGCCGGUGCUGCAGGCUCUGCCAACAACGCUCAAGGUGCUGCCGGUGCUGCAGGCUCUGCCAACAACGCUCAAGGUGCUGCCGGUGCUGCAGGCUCUGCUAACAACGCUCAAGGUGCUGCCGGUGCUGCAGGCUCUGCCAACAACGCUCAAGGUGCUGCCGGUGCUGCAGGCUCUGCCAACAACGCUCAAGGUGCUGCCGGUGCUGCAGGCUCUGCCAACAAUGCUCAAGGUGCUGCCGGUACUGCAGGCUCUGCCAACAACGCUCAAGGUGCUGCCGGUGCUGCAGGCUCUGCCAACAACGCUCAAGGUGCUGCCGGUGCUGCAGGCUCUGCCAACAAUGCCGUUGGCUCUGCCAACAACGCUCAAGGUGCUGCCGGUGCUGCAGGCUCUGCCAACAACGCUCAAGGUGCUGCCGGUGCCGUUGGCUCUGCUAACAACGCUCAAGGUGCUGCCGGUGCCGUUGGCUCUGCUAACAACGCUCAAGGUGCUGCCGGUGCUGCAGGCUCUGCCAACAACGCUCAAGGUGCUGCCGGUGCUGCAGGCUCUGCCAACAAUGCUCAAGGUGCUGCCGGUGCUGCAGGCUCUGCCAACAAUGCUCAAGGUGCUGCCGGUGCUGCAGGCUCUGCCAACAACGCUCAAGGUGCUGCCGGUGCUGCAGGCUCUGCCAACAACGCUCAAGGUGCUGCCGGUGCCGUUGGCUCUGCUAACAACGCUCAAGGUGCUGCCGGUGCUGCAGGCUCUGCCAACAACGCUCAAGGUGCUGCCGGUGCUGCAGGCUCUGCCAACAACGCUCAAGGUGCUGCCGGUGCUGCAGGCUCUGCCAACAACGCUCAAGGUGCUGCCGGUGCUGCAGGCUCUGCCAACAACGCUCAAGGUGCUGCCGGUGCUGCAGGCUCUGCCAACAACGCUCAAGGUGCUGCCGGUGCUGCUGAAAAUGGCUCAGGCUCCUCUAUUUACCCAUCUACUGCAUCCAAUGGAAAUUCACGCGGUCCUACAACAAUCAUCACGCCAACAGCUAGCGCAAGCCAAUACCAUGGUGCAGCUGCUGCUAUCGAAUUGAACAACUGGUACUACGCUCUACCAGCUCUAUUGUUCCUUCUAUAA